UGUUAAGAUACUUCGCUGGUCGAAACUAUCAUCUCUUUUGCAAGAAGCUCCCAGUCAUGCCUUCGAAUUCGUCCAAGGGAAAGGCUCCUGAGCUUAACCUAUCCACCUCACCUCCACUUUCUCCUCUGACUGAGAGAUCAGAGAGCCCAGAAAACCCUUUUCCUGAAGGAACUUUUCAGGCAAAUUCUUCUGCUGCAGGCCAGGACCUCACGGAAAGAUUGGCGGCCUUGAAGCAAACUCCAGAUCCCAGAGUUCCUCCUGAGAACACAAAUUCUUCUGUUGCUGGUUCAUCCUCAUCUCAAACAUCUGCAACGGCAAACCAGAAUUCAGCGCCUGGAGGUAUUCCUGAAGAUGGGGAUACAAACGAGGAGGAGUGGAAUGAUGACAUGCUCGAUGAUAUAAUACCUGACGAAGAGAUUGACAAUGAUGACUCUCUAACAGAAGAAGAGAAAGAAGAAAAGAAGAAACUUUCUCAGAGAGCUGAAGCCCUUUUCAAAUCAGAUACUUGUGACAAGAGGGCGGACAAGGAUUUCCUUCCAGGAUUGAAUGUUUCCUACUUUGACCGAAUUCACAUUGCCAACUGCAUGUACCGUGCUGAUGAGAAUGACUACUAUCAACUUCUUGGGCUCCCUCACGACGCGACAGAAGAAAUGGCGGCUUGGAGCAUCAAGAAACUUGACAUGAUAUUGGACGUUCCUACCUGCUCCAAUGAAGCUGAAUUUAGGGUUGUUGCAAAGGCCAAAGAGAAGUUGGCAACCAUUACAGCCAAGGUCAUCGAAACCAGAGCGGGCAUUGCAAAUGAGCUUGAAAGAGUGCAGAUACAACACCUGGGAGAGCCAUUGGUGAAAGCGCAUCGAGAUGCACAUAUGAAGGCGACCACUCCCUUAAAAAGACUUUAUACUGCAUUCCAGCGUGGUGAAAUGAUCAUAGGUGGUGUUCACAAUCUAGAAAAGCCAAGCACAAUGGUUCUUGCGCAACUGGACGCUAUCGAGAGAAUCAACCAAUCUCUGACGCAAUGGAACAGUGAACGAGGCUUGACCUCGACUUUUGGAACGAUUGAAAUCUCGAAACUACAGGCUGUCUGGAAACGUGUGAAGGAAGGCGGGUCUACAGAUAACAUACAGCUCCCCAAUACAUAUCCUUUAGGCUGGACGAAGCUACCUCCGCAAGCAGAAUACACAUAUGCUGACGAUGCCGUUGAGAAGUAUUGGAUACCGGCCUGGAACCAUGUCACAGCAGCUGCUCAGAAUCUUUGGAGAGCUUACCGUGAUAAUGGGGAUGUUGAUGCAGCCCGGAGAGAACUGGAGACCAAGUGUUCCGAUACAUGGCCUGAAAUUCAGAGAUUGAAUAAGGAGAACAAACAGCUUCUCUAUGCUCAUGGACUGGAUUCCCAAGUCAUUGAUAUGAUAUACCUGAGGCUAUUCACUGCAUACACGCAAGGUGACCGCGUCGCUUAUGACAAUCUCAAGAGAGUUCAGGAGAAUUGGCUGGAGUCCAACGGCUUGGAACCAGUAUGGUGUCCUGAUUAUCCUGAAGUGCCAUAUCAGCAACCAAACCAGAACCCUCCACCUCCUGAAAACCAGAGCCUUCCACCUCCUGAAAACCACCCCUCACCUCCGGGAAACCAGAACCCUUCACCCCCCGAAAACCAGAACUCUUCACCUCCCGAAAACCAGAGCCUUCCACCUCCCGAAAACCAGAACCCCUCGCCUCCCGAAAACCACCCCUCACCUCUGGGAAACCAGGCCCCCCAACCUCCUCGAGACCAGACUCCCCCACCUCCCAGAGACCAGACUCCCCCACCUCCCGGAGACCAGACUCCCCAACCUCCUGGAGACCAGAUUCCUUCACCUCCUGGAAACCAGACCUUCUCACCUCCCAGAGACCAGAAUCCUCCAGGCCUCAGAGACAGAACACCUCCGCCUCAUGGUUGCCCUAGCAGUGGUCUCAGUGAAGUAGUCAGAGUGGUCAUAUGCAAGAUGCACACUGCCCACACUGCAGCAGGAGAAAAAAUCAUCUGGAUGCAGAUGUACAGAAAUAACAGUCAUGCUGUGGUUGAAACUGGAGAUGGUGGCCAUGUGCUUCACACACAGUCAGAAGCCGGAGGGCGAACAGUUCUUGAGGCAGCAGAGAGAGUAGAAACCCCAAAGAUGAGUGGCCCUAAUGAGUGA